CCCGCUCUUCCACUCUCCGAGCUACGCAUGCGCGCCCUGUGCUGACUGACCUUGCCUGCAGUCACCAUGUUGUCCCGGAGCAGCGUCCUCAUCUUCCAGCCACAAUGGGGUCAAGUCAGGAACAUGGCAACUUUGAAGGAGAUUACAAGACGUUUGAAAUCCAUCAAGAACAUCCAGAAGAUUACCAAAUCCAUGAAGAUGGUGGCAGCAGCAAAGUACACAAAAGCUGAGAGGGCUCUGAAACCAGCCAGAGUAUAUGGGACGGGUUCUCUAGCGUUGUAUGAGAAAGCUGAAAUAAAAGCUCCUGAAGACAAGAAGAAGCAUGUCAUUAUCGGUGUUUCCUCUGACAGGGGCCUGUGCGGUGGAAUUCAUUCAUCUGUGGCUAAAGCUAUUAAGAGUGAAAUUUCCGAGCUCUCUCGUAGUGGAAAAGAAGUUAAAGUGGUUGGAAUUGGGGACAAAUUGAGAGGUAUACUGCAAAGGACCCAUGGUAAUCACUUCCUUGUCACCUUUAAAGAAGUUGGCAGAAAGCCUCCUACUUUUGGUGAUGCCUCCAUUAUUGCAUCUGAGCUGCUGAACUCUGGCUAUGAAUUUGACCAAGGAUCCGUGGUGUUCAAUAGAUUCAGGUCUGUAAUCUCCUACAAGACUGACGAGAAGCCGAUCUAUUCUCUAGACACGGUUGCCAACUCUGAAAGUAUCACCGUUUAUGAUGACGUAGAUGCAGAUGUGCUGAGAAAUUACCAAGAGUUUGGUUUGGUAAAUAUCAUCUAUUACACACUGAAAGAGGCCGCUGCAAGUGAGCAGAGUGCUAGGAUGACUGCUAUGGACAAUGCCAGCAAGAAUGCUUCUGAAAUUAUUUACAAAUUGACGUUGACUUAUAACCGCACUCGUCAAUCUGUCAUCACCAAGGAGCUUAUUGAAAUUAUCUCUGGAGCAGCUGCCCUGGGAUGAAAUGGUGGAAAAUAGGAAUCUUUGUCAUCAGAUAAUGUAAUCGGACUUCCCUAGAUGUCUGUGGAUCUUUACGUCUGAGAAAGAGUUGGUUCAAUUUAUGAAGAAAACCAAUAUUUGUAAAUUAUAUUACAAUAAACACCUUACGUGGACAUUA